AUGGCACCUCUCAUCUACCACAGAGAAAUACCUACUUCAACUUCGACUUCAACUUCGACUUCGACUUCGACUUUCACUCCACCAUCCAGCUCCAUAUCAGAUGCCUUCUACCACACAAAUUCCAUCUACCAAUUCGAUCCUGUUUUGCAUAUACCCCUCACGGAUACAUCCACAACUUCUGCCACACGUCAAUAUGAGAUUCACCAUAGGCAAUACUCAUCAGUCGCCAUCCAAUCGUCAUCUUCAACAAGACGUGUGGCAGCUUCAGCUUCAGCCACACUACCACUCCAGAUUCAAUCUACUUCAUCGUCCCGAGCACAAGUCUCACUCAACUUACAAUCCACUCCCUCGUCACUUGACAUCGAUGCUGUCCAAACGAAAGACAUCGACGACAAAGACGACGGCGAUAAUGAAGAAUCAGUGUCCUCCUCCACCCGAACAACGACAAUCCAUUCCUCUUCACUUUCAGGAUCUUCCUCAUCCUCCAAAUCUACUGCAUCAGCAUCGAGACAAAACAGUAAAGAUACUUCUUCGACUCCGAUACUGGAACAAGCAGUCGCAACUACCAAUUUAUCAUGGUGGCAGUUAUUAGCUAUCAUAAUAUGUGGAGUAGUAGCUUUGGUAGUUGGUGGAUGGUUGUUAUUCAGACAUCGUUACAAACAGAAGAAAAAUAAGGAAUUGAAGAGAAGAGAAGGAUUGGAAGAUGAAAGAAGAAAAAAUGAGUAUAAAAAGAAAGAAUUGGAUAUAUUGACGAAGAUGAGUCAUAAUCAACGAAGAAGAGGAAGAAACCGUGUUUAUGAUAGUGAUGAAGAUGACUACUAUUCUGAUGAAACGACUCCUAGACCAACUAGAAGAAAUCGAGCAGGGAGAGGUGGGAGGAAUCACGGAAGAGGAGGAAGGAGAGGAAGAAGAAGGCACGAUGACGACGAUGAGGAUGAUUCGGAUCUAUCGGAUGACACUUAUUAUUCAAGAUAUCCAAACAGAAACAGAAGAGGAACAAGUAGAAAACAAAGUUGUGAACCAAAAUCAGCCUUUUCAUUUAGACCAUCACCUUCGACUCCUAAUUCCAGAAGAAGGAGAAGGGAUACGUUUCGAGAUUCAGUCUUUUCAACUUAUACCUCGAUGAAAAAAGCUGCUGUGGGAUUGAAAUAUGUUGAAGCUAAAGUGAAACUGAAUAAGCAGUUAGAGGAAGAAGAGGAAUUGGAAAAGAGAAGAAGAGAAAAGAUCAUUCAAGCGAAUAAAGAGAUCGAAGAUUUCAAUAGAGCUGAAGCUGAAGCUCAAGCUCAUGCAGAAGCCGAAAGAAAAGCGACCUUACAAAGAGAAAGAGAGAAUGAUGUUGGCGUAUGGGGAUGGAAUAGAGAGCCAAGAGGGAAACUUCUUAUCCCACCAGUACCUCGUCAGCCCACAAAAGCCAACACAUCUUUCGGUGACUCUACAGCUGGACUACCAUAUAAUGAUACUCCUGCAUUAGCCCCUUAUCCUUCUCGUCCACGUAUGGGUGUGACCCAAAAAAGCGGUGACUCGUUAGAUGGUGAAAUAUCGAAUUUGUUAGGCAACAAACCUAACCGAUUUUUAGAUAGACAACGACAACAAACGGAUAAAUCCGAAAGAAGAAAAGGUGUUUUGAAAACCUCUCCUACUUAUAUACCUAAACCGGAACCUGCUUUCCAAAAUCCUUUUUCCAGUUCCACUCAAAGACAAGCUGAACCUAUCAAUUUCAACGACAAUAAGAAAGGUAAUACGAAUCCAUUUCAUAGUGAAUGGUUAUCGAAUCCUGCACCAAUGCAAUCCUCACCCACUGAAAUGGAAAUAAACCCGCAAGAUAACUCAAAGCGAAACUCGGUAUAUCUCCCUGUCACGCAUCCUAGAGACAGACCAGUCAUACCAAAUGGUGGAUUGAGCCCAGCUCCUCCUCCUAAAGCGAAACUGAACACUGACAAUGCGGGAUCGGUUGCACUAAGUUUGAGAGGAAAAGGUAGUGUGGGUGUGGGAAUGGAGCCUGAUCCAACUCAAGCAAUAGGACGUACAAUGUUGAAUAUCGGUGCAGGACAAGCGGGAGGAAGAAACGCAAGUAGUAAAUGGGCUGAUAGGCUGAGAGAGAAAAGAGGGUGA